UCCCGAAACGGGACGCCCCAUUCUUAUUGAGUUUUAGUCAACUAUACUUUUUUGUCUGAUCUAAGGCUUCUUGGUUGUUUCGUUGUCCUGUAUUUUUAAAGUAUAGAAAAGAUGGUGCGCAUGUCAGUUCUUGCGGAUUGUCUUAAGACAAUUAUUAAUGCAGAGAAACGAGGACGUCGACAGGUCUUGAUUCGCCCGUCUAGCAAAGUUAUUGUUCAUUUUCUCCUUUGUAUGCAAAGACGAGGAUACAUUGGAGAAUUUGAAAUUGUUGAUGAUCAUCGUAGCGGGAAAAUUGUUAUCAAUCUACUUGGUCGCAUUAACAAAUGCGGUGUUAUAUCGCCUCGAUUUGAUGUAACACUUGAUAAAAUUGAGCAAAUCACUUCCGAUCUUCUUCCUUCGCGUCAAUUUGGUCAUGUUGUACUGACGACAUCUUACGGAAUUAUGGAUCACGAAGAAGCCAGAAAACGUCACACUGGUGGAAAAAUUCUUGGAUUUUUCUUUUAAGCAUGAAAUUAUUAAAAAAUAAUUUGUACUUUUAUUUGUAAAAUAAAAGCAAAUGUGUAUCAACAAGUGUAUGGAUAUUAUUUUAUGUCAAUGUUUUUUUAUUAAAACAAAAAUUUGUUCAAACUGUUUUGAACCAAAAAAAAAUGUAUUGUCCUGUUA